AGCCAAUGAUAGUAUCCAGUGGCGGAAAUAAACACUAGAGCUAGAAUAAGAUCCAAUGGCGCCUUCUACAACCUGUAGAUUAUUUGCAGGAUUGUUGGUGGUGCUAUGGAGUGGUAGGUUGUAUGCUAAUGGAUGCUUUUCAUCCAUCAUCAGCUUCGGCGACUCUAUUGCUGACACUGGGAACCUGAAACAUCUGGCUUCCGUAUCCGACGUAUUUUUUCCAUGUGUUCCCCCUUACGGCGAAAGUUUCAACCACCAAUCCACCGGCCGCUGCUCCAAUGGCCGUCUCAUCAUUGAUUUCCUAGACAGAGAUUUUUCAUGCAUCAAACAAAACAAUGCCUUAGGCCGAGGAAGUUGGAAUACGACCAUCUAUCGCUAUCCAUUAACUUUCGGGAUCGCGAUAGCACUCCAUCUCAAUAUAGUAUUAAUCCACAACAUCACGAACAAUAGUCAUAUUUGUGUUUUUUACUUUGUCCACGUUACUUUUUCAGUUGUAUACCUUUAAUCCCUCGUAACAAUUAAUAGUUAAUUGCCACAGUUUGAUGAGGUGCCUUUCCAAGUAUAAAAAACGCUAACGUGGAAAUUUUUUCAUCAUACAAUAUGGGAUAUAUUUAUUUAUUUUAAUUGUUCAAAAGCUUACGUGUUUAAAUGAGUUUAUGGUUUUGUAGCGGAGAUACUUGGGUUACCAAUGAUACCACCAUAUUUUGGCAUCAAGGGGAGUGGGAGUGUAGUGGCAUCGAGGCAAGGAAUGAACUAUGCGGUUGCUGGUUCUACAGCAAUAGAUUCAUCGUUCGUUGAAGCCAUAGCGAGUGGAAGUGUUGUGAUUAAUGGGUCGUUAGGAGUUCAGCUAGGAUGGUUUAAACAAUCAUUGCCUUCUCUUUGUGGCAACACCACUUCAGAUUGUAGAGAUUACAUCGGACGUUCUUUGAUACUUAUGGGUGAGAUUGGAGGUAAUGAUUACAAUAUUCCAUUAUCCAAAGGAAAAUCCAUUGAUGACGUCCGAUCAUAUGUUCCUCUUGUUAUUGAUACCAUCAUCUCGACCAUCAAUGAGUUGAUUGAGAUGGGGGCUCAAACUCUAGUCAUUCCAGGAAACUUUCCAAUUGGAUGUUGUCCCUCGUAUUUAACAACAAUUGUGUCUGAAAAGGAAGGGUAUGAUCCCCUUACCGGUUGCCUCACCGAGUUAAAUGAGUUCAGCGAAUAUCAUAAUCAAAUGUUGCAAACAAAAUUAAAUCAGAUUCGAGAGCUAAAUCCUAAUGUCGUCGUCAUCUAUGCGGACUAUUACAAUGCUGCCAUGCAAAUUUACAAUUCUCCGGAUGAAUAUGGAUUCACAAACGGAGCUUUGAAGGCGUGUUGUGGAUGUGGAGGGCCGUAUAAUUACAACGCAUCUGCAAGAUGUGGAGAUGCAUCUACGACCUUGUGUGAUGAACCAGAUAAAUAUGUUAGUUGGGAUGGAGUACACUUAACGGAAGCGGCGUACAAACUGAUUUCCAAGAGUUUAUUUCAAGGUCCAUACACUACACCUGAAUUUUAUUCCUUGUGUCCUAGACCAUCAACAUCACAAGGGACAGUCGGAUUAUCGAGUUCUAUAUAAGCAAUGAAAGCUUGGCUAUAUAUAUAUAAUUCUUCGUAGCCAUAUAGCUAGCAGGCGAAAGAACAUAAUGCCAAAGAAUAGGGCGUGUGGCUAUUAUGUCAAAAGAUAAUAUCCUACUUCUAAUAAACGAUUCCAAUGUAUGUUACUUCUUAUAAACGAUUCCAAUGUAUGUCACAUGUCAACACCAUAUCAUCCAUAAAUCGGGUCAAUAUCACAAAUAGGCAACAUUGCUUAUUUUAAAAUUCAUAUCUUAAUAUUAGCCCUUAAUUCAAAUAUGUUUUUAAGUUGGCCCAUAGUUUUGUUUAGAUUAGAUAAUGCAUGUAAACAGUACGCAACUCCAUGUAUAUCUAAUUUACCUACUUAUUUGCUCAUUACUGUAUUUUCUUUAUUAUUUCA